GUUCAGUUUCUCGUAGUCCCCCGAACCCAUCAGUCGGCAUUCGAUAGUUUCGCGCCCUCCCCCGGAUCCCCUGUUACAUAUAAGUGAGUGAGUGGGUGAGUGUGAUUGUGUGAUUAUUUCGAAAUAUUUUUUGAAAAUCAAAGAAUUCAGUCGUAUUCUGCGAUCAUUGGCAGUGAUUUGCCGGGAAAUUCCGAUUGAAUUUUCCGAAAGCAGUGGAUUUGUAGUGAAGAAGUGUAAGCUCAGAGACAAGCAUAUUGAGUGACAAUGGCCCGAGGAGAGGGUAAGGGCGAAAGUGUGGCCAAGUUGGCCAACCGAAUCGCUGCCAUCAAGUACACCUUGUUCUGUUUCAACAUCGUUUCCUGGAUCAUCGGCGCUGGGCUGUUCGCCUUCACGAUCUACAUCCGAGCCGAGCCGGGCUUCGACGAGUGGGUUGCCCUGCUGGACAUCUACCAGUACUACAUCGGCGUGUACAUCCUGAUCGGUACCGGUGCGCUGGUCAUGAUCUUCUCCUUCCUCGGGUGCUGCAGCGCCCUGAUGGAGCACUCGUUAGCACUCUAUGCGUUUAUUGGAACGCAGAUUUUCCUCUUCGUGGCCACCAUCGUCGGAUCGGCCAUCAUCCUGGACUUUUCCACCAUGGACUCGAGCAUCCAGCCGCUGAUCCGGCAGACCAUGCUGCGCUUCAUCAUGACAUCGGAGCAUCCCCACUCGUCGGCCGCCCUGAAGCUGAUCCAAGAAAGCAUCGGAUGCUGCGGAGCGGACGGCCCCAACGACUACAUGAUUCUGCGCCAGCCGCUGCCCCUCGAGUGCCGUGACACCGUCACCGGAAAUGCCUUCUUCCACGGUUGCGUCGACGAGUUGACCUGGUUCCUGGAGGACAAAUCCAUCUGGGCUGCCGUCAUGGCCAUGAUCCUGUCGGCAAUUCACACUGCCAACGUCGUGCUCGGAAUCGUACUGGUCCAGGCACUGAAACGCGAGGAGGAAGCCAUGUACAGACGCUGAGCAAAGCUCCUUCCUUCAGUCACCUAAUUAGCGUUAAGAAUAUGACAGUUUUUCCUCUUAGUAACGUAAGGUUUUCACCAU